AUGUAUGUUGAGGUGGAUUGUGAUGGAGAUCCUAAGGGCAAAGAAUAUCCCCAUGAUGAUAAUCGAUAUACAUAUUUAAAUAUUACGGUUAGUACUCCUCAGAACCUACAAGCAAUCGGCAAAUUGGUAUUUAAUGAUGACAAUGGCCACCAUGAAGAACUUAUAGGAAAAGAUGCUAUAUGGGUUUAUGACGCGCAGA